AUGGCUGGUCAAUCCUCAAAACUCUUUUGCGGAAUUUGCUUUGAUUUCAAACCAGAGUCUGACAUGUUCAUAAGAAGUAAAUGCAACCACCCCUUUUGCACUGACUGCAUAUCCAAUUACGUGGCUACUCAAAUACAGAAAAAUGUUGUGAAUGUGAAUUGUCCAAAUCCAAAAUGUUCUGUGGAGUUGAAGCCAAAACAUUUGCAACCCAUUAUGCCUAAACAAGUUAUUGAUCGAUGGGAAUCUGCAAGAUACGAGUCUUCAAUUGUUGGGUUGCAAAAGGCUUAUUGCCCCUUUAAGGAUUGCUCUGUUUUGUUGGUGAAUGAUGGAAACGUUGUGACUAAUUCUGAGUGCACCUCCUGUCACAGACUAUUUUGUGCGCAGUGUAAGGUUCCAUGGCAUGCAGGAACGGAUUGCAAGGAAUUUCAAAAGCUUAAAAGGAGUGAACGUGAAAAAGAAUUGGAUUUGAUGUUUUGCGAAUUGGCCAAACUGAAAAUGUGGCAGAAAUGUCCCACAUGCUCUAUCUAUGUCGAAAGUUGUGGUGGAUGUGAACACAUAACCUGCAGGUGUGGACGCCACUUCUGCUACAUCUGUGGGGAGAAUUGGGAGUUUGGACAUCUAUGCUGUAUCCUCGGUCCACAUGAGAUUUCACAGGUAGCUUUGGAACUCUUAGCAUAUAGCAUAUAG